AGUGAAACUAAUAAAAAAUUGUUUGUAUCCAUCCUAUCCUGCGUACCACCGAGAGUUCAUAGACGCAGAAAGUUUUUGGACGCAUAAGGACCUAUGGGACUGAGCGUGGAAUCUAUAAUUUGAAUAAUAUAAAUUAUAGUAAUUAGAUAAAAAUCAUGGAUGUUUCUAAUGAUGUUGACUGGUCUUUGACAAAAGAGUAUUUAAAUGUUUUAAUGAAUUUGCUUACAUGUUCUUACUGUCACAACAGGUUGAAAGAACCAUGCAACUUCAAAAUGUGUGAUCAUUAUUUUUGCAAAAAUUGUGCUAUAAUCCUUAACAAUGAAAAUGCAGAAUGCCCAGAAUGCAAAAUUGCACUUUGGAAAGAAAACUUACAGUUAAAUUUAAAAAUUCCUGAUGUUUUAGCUAUAUGUGACGAGAUUAAUAGUUUAAUUACUAAAGGUAAAAAUGCUUAUGUGCAAGCUGAAAAUGAAAAUGAAUUUCUUCUUGAAGAUAAAAAGAUUUUAAGCAAUUGUGUUAAAACAAGUAAACAAGAAAACGACGGCCAUAACCUUGAAGUUACUUCUGCUCACAAUGUUUUCAAGAAUGAUGAGACAAAGACAAAAAAAAGAUCAUCAAGAAAUAGCAAAACAAAAACUUCUAUAAGGAAUGCAACUUCUGUAACUAAAAAUAUAGAAGAUGACAGAAGAAAAGAAAAUGAAUCAUUAUUAGAAAUUAAUAUUCCAUUGGCUUUUUCUAAUAAUAAAAAUCAAAAUUCAACUAUUGAAAAAAAUUGUUUUGAUAAUGAAGACAAUGUUCAGAAAAUUGAAGAUCAUAAUAAAGAAAUUAGUUAUCAAAACGAAAAAUCUCAUAUUAAAAGUGAUCGUACUGAUAUACUCUGGCACAUUUCAAAAAAGCCCAAAAUAACUUACAGCAAAAGAGUUAAUUUGUUGAAGAAUAGUUCUUCAUCAACUACAAAACCUUUUUACACUGAUAAUAAUGAAGAGUAUUCAAUAUUUGAUUUUAAAGAUGAUAUUUCUUCAACUCCUGUAAAUUUGAAUUCAAAACAUUUACCAGAUACAAAAAAAAAAGACACAACAAAGCCACAAAAACCUCAAGAAAUGAAUUCAAACAAGUUACCGAACCAAUCUGCUUUGAACCGAAACAGCAAAAAUAAUCAAAAACAAAAACCAUUAGCUACAGCAAACAAAAGUUUAACAAAAAGAAAUAACAAAGGAGAGACAUCACUUCAUACAGCUUGCAUAAAGGGUAAUCUACAAAAAGCAAGAGAUCUUUUACAACUUGGUGCUGAUCCUAACACUAAAGAUAAUGCAGGAUGGACUCCACUUCAUGAAGCUUGCAAUCAUGGGACUGUUGAUAUUGUUAAACUGUUGCUUUCUUAUGGUGCCAUUCUUGAUAUGGUUGCUGGUGAUGAUCAUGAUACACCAUUACAUGAUGCAGUUGCAAAUAAUCAAGUUGAUGUGGUUAAGUUAUUGUUAAAACAUGCGGCCCCAACACAUAAAAGAAAUCGUCUUGGAAAGCUUCCAAUAGAUUAUGCUACCACUGAGGAAAUGAAAGAACUGUUCAAAGACGAUUCUUUGGUUGUUGAUAAAUCAUAUGUUGAGGGAAACUCUUUUCUUGUAAAUGAUCUAGUAUCACCAAAAGUUUUUGUUACUACUAAUCUUUCAGAAAAAGAAAACUCUAAUGUAUCCAUUUGCUGUGAACAACUUGGUGCAAAGCUACAAAAGGAUUUUAACAUAACUGUAACUCAUGUAAUAUGUGGAGCAGACAAAUCUUUUUUGAGCAUUUCAAGAACAAUGAAAUAUUUGCUGGGUCUUAUAACAGGAAAAUGGCUAGUUAGUUACCAAUGGAUAAUGGACAGUCUUGCAAAAAAAAAUUGGCAGAACGAAAACGAUUAUGAAGUAAAAGGGAUUCCUGGAGCUUCAGAUAAUAUUCCAAUGAAAUCUCGAAUAAAUCGUUUAAAAUAUCUUCCCGGUUUGUUUGAAGGUUGUUCGUUUUAUUUCUCUGGAGCUUACAGCGUUCUCUCUAAAGAUAAGCUCUCUGAAUUAGUAAAAUAUGGUGGCGGAAAGAUAUUGCUGAGAGAGCCCAAAGCAAAUGACUUGACUUCGAUUAUACCUAGUUCUUCUCGGCGUAAAAUAGACAUCCUUCCAAAAAAUCUUUCACCUGUGAUGAUUUUUCACGCAAAAGAGAAUUCCUCUCAAGCAUGUUGCACUGAGUACAUUAUAUACGACCCGAAGAUGUCACCAAAACACAAAAAAAUGUAUAGCCCUUUACUUUGUUCGGCACCAGUUUCCUGGUUAUUAGAUUGUGUAUCUUGUUUUGAGAUUUUAGACGUUCGCGAUGAUGAUCAAAAAAACUAAUCAUAAAGUAUUACAGUUAUUUGAAUUUUUUUAUUAAAAUUUCUAUUAUUCUUUCA